AUGUCAUAUCCGAACCCGAUGAACGGCGCACCGUACGGAUAUGGCACGAACGGUGGCAUGCAGCCCAAUAUGACUGGCUACGGCAUACCAAUAAACCAAGGAAAUACUGGAUUUCAGCAAGGUGGCUAUCCUUACCAACAGGGUUAUUUAACUGGCGGGUAUCCCGGAACCAGAUCAGCGUUGCCAUUUCAACAAACUGGAUCCAUGAAUGCCAUGAACACUGGCUAUGGAUAUCCAUCACAGCCUAUGACUUAUGCAAAUCCACCUGCACCGCCAACUUUUCCAUCUCAAAUGACCGGCUACAAUGGAAUGAUGAAUACAGGAAUGCCACCUAUGGGUUACGUACAACCUCAAAGAACCGGCAGUGCUCCAGCACCACCGAUGGGUGGCUUCGUGCAACCUCAAAAAACUGGCAGUCAACCGUUUAAUCCAAUGAAUAGCUUUAUACAGCCCCAGCAAACCGGAAGUGCUUUACCUCAAGCAACUGGCUUCGUGCAGCCCCAAAGAACUGGGAGCGCUCCUCAAGGUUUUUUUCCUCAGCAAACAGGAGGUUUUAUGCAGUAUCCUGGAAACAAUGGUCAACCUUUUAAUAAUCCAAUGAGUGACUAUAUGCAACCUCAGAAAACUGGCGGUUUUGACUCUUUCAUGCAACCACAAAAAACGGGUACAAUGUUCUCGCAACCCACAUUACAACCCCAAAGGACUGGUACUUUCGUGAACCAACCCGGUUUCGCUCAACCUCAAACUAUUGGUAUGGCCCCUCAAAGUACUGGAUUUAUUCAACCCCAACCAACUGGUCCUUUUGCUUCCUUUGUACAACCUCAGGUAACGACCAUGCCAACACCAGCUGCACUUUUAAAGCCUCAAAAAACCGGUCAAAUCCACGUUAGUCAUGCUAUGGAUACUAGACUUUCUUUUAUCACGGCUUCAGACCAAGAAAAAUUUGAAAAAUUGUUCCGCUCUGCAGUUGGUAAUGAAGAAGCUAUGUCUGCUGACAUUGCUAAAGCUAUUCUCGUUCGUUCAAAGCUCUCUACACCCACUCUUUCUAAAAUUUGGUCUUUGUCUGACACCACUCGAUCGGGGCAUUUAUUAUUCCCACAAUUCGUUUUGGCUAUGUAUUUAUGUAAUUUGGGUCUUACCGGAAAGCCCAUUCCGGAUAAGGUACCAGACAAUAUUCUUGGUGAGGUAAAUUCAAUGGUUGAUGUCAUUUCUUUUUCUUUAGAUGAUAGCUCUUCUCAGUAUGCUCAGCCAGUUUCUCAAGGUAAUGCUCAACAGAUGGCUGCUCAAAUGUUCAACGGUUUUCAGCAAGCCGCAGGAAUUCCAUCCCAAAUUACAGGAAUGUUUCCUCAACAAACUGGAAUGCAACCUCAAAUGACUGGCUUCCAACAACCAAUGAUGCCUCAAAGAACUGGUGGAAUGCCUCCCCAGAUGACCGGUGGUAUGCCGCCGAUGAUGCCUCAGAGAACUGGUGGUAUGCCUUCCCAGAUGACCGGUGGUAUGCCACCGAUGAUGCCUCAGAGAACUGGUGGAAUGCCUCCCCAGAUGACCGGUGGUAUGCCACCAAUGAUGCCUCAAAGAACUGGUGGAAUGCCUCCCCAGAUGACCGGUGGUAUGCCGCCGAUGAUGCCUCAGAGAACUGGUGGAAUGCCUCCCCAGAUGACCGGUGGUAUGCCGCCGAUGAUGCCUCAGAGAACUGGUGGAAUGCCUCCCCAGAUGACCGGUGGUAUGCCACCGAUGAUGCCUCAGAGAACUGGUGGAAUGCCUCCCCAGAUGACCGGUGGUAUGCCACCGAUGAUGCCUCAGAGAACUGGUGGAAUGCCUCCCCAGAUGACCGGUGGUAUGCCGCCGAUGAUGCCUCAACGUACUGGGGGUAUGCCUCCACAAGCGACAGGUGGCAUGCCACCAAUGAUGCCUCAAAGAACUGGUGGAAUGCCUCCUCAGAUGACCGGCGGUAUGCCACCAAUGAUGCCUCAAAGAACUGGUGGAAUGCCUCCACAAGCGACAGGUAGUAUGCCACCAAUGAUGCCUCAAAGAACUGGUGGAAUGCCUCCUCAGAUGACCGGCGGUAUGCCACCAAUGAUGCCUCAAAGAACUGGUGGAAUGCCUCCACAAGCGGCAGGCGGCAUGCCGCCGAUGAUGCCUCAGAGAACAGGAGGAAUGCAACCGAUGAUGCCUCAAAGGACAGGUAGCAUGCCGCCAAUGAUGCAUCAGCAAACUGGAAGUCUUAUGGCUCAACCUACUGGGGUUCCAGGGCAAUGGGGAUUUAUUAAUACUCCUUUAAGUAAUCUUCCUGGUAUUGAAGCUUUGGGAGAACAAAUGAUGCCGAAUGCAUCUGACGGUAGCUUAACUCGCAACUUUACAGGGAAAAAAGACAUACCUUGGGCUAUUAGCAAAGAAGAGAAGCGUAUUUAUGAUCAAAUCUUCGAUGCUUGGGAUAAAGAAAAGAAAGGUACUCUUGGUGGAAAUGCCGUAUUGGAAAUCUUUGGACAAAGCAAGUUAUCUCGUUCUGAACUUGAACAUCUGUGGAGUCUCUGCGAUCAUGGCGACAAAGGUUGUUUAGACCGUGAUGAAUUUUCGGUUGCUCUUCACCUUAUAUAUAGAAAAUUAAAUGGUAACGCGAUCCCCUCUCAGCUACCUCCUGAAUUAAUUCCGCCUUCUACCAGAAAUAUUGAAGCUUCUUUGAACCAAGUGAAGAAUCUAAUAAAAAAUGAUACUUCAACACGCCGGCCAUUCAGCAAUGAAAACGUAAGCAGGUUGAAGAAAAAUUCAUUUUAUGAUAACGAUAGUACCUUAAGUGACAAGGAUGCUACGCUUUAUAAAUUUAACGAUUCCAGUGUACCGGCUUAUGUGUCUAAUUCGAGAAGAAGAGCUUACUCUAAAGAUAAGCCCGAUGCUUUACCUCCCUCAACCGGUUCGCUUGAUGAAGUAAAUGACAAAACAGAGCAUUUGAAGAAAAAUAUUCACGAAAAAGAAAUUUUUUUGAAUGCUUUAGAGGAGAAAAAAGCAACCCACUCAGAUGUUUCUGACAACGCCUUCCUAAUCAAUCGCAUCAAAUCUAUUCAUAACGAAAUUAAUCAAGCGCUUGUUAAGCAAAAGUCUCCAGAAGCGGAUAGUCUGAAUUCACGCCUCAACGCAUUAAGUUCGAAGGUUACUCAACUUGUUUCUGAGGUAGAUGCUGCUGACAACAAAUUAGAUGAUUUUUCCUCAAGUAUUCAAAAAUCUAGCGGGGAAGUUGAUUUUAAUGACGUUGCUGCAAAAGUAAGUAAUAUUGAACAGCAAAGAAAUGCGUCAAAGGAUUUACUUAAGCAACUAAAAACCUCUAUUGAUUCCAUUGAGUUGGAAGCACGUAAGCAGUUGGUUCCAUUCAGCAAAAUGGACAAUGAAUGGUUGGAGAAUAAUAUGUUGGAUGAGUCUGUUAAGAAGACUAUGAAAGAUCUUCCGCCGGCUGUUCAACCGCAAGAGCGUACCGUUGUCGAACCAAAAUCUGAUGUCGUCCAACCUGAAGCUGCAGCACCUUCCACUCUUGAAUCCAAACCCGUAGCCGAGAGGGGAGGCUCUACCAGUGUACCUGAUGUUGAAGACAGAGCUGCAAGAAUAAAAUCUGAAGCUCAGCGACGUAUGAAUGAGCGUUUAGCUGCUAUGGGUAUAAAGCCCCGACAACAAAGAAGUGUUAGUGGUAAUUCGUCAGCAAGCCCUUCGAUGAUUACCGUUACAAACGAAGCUCCUCAACUCAAGGAACAGUUUUCGAAUCUCUCGAUAAAUAGUAAAGAUGAACCAUCUGUCUCAUCUUUCAAUACUGCUCCAUCGAACCAAGAAAAGUCACAAAAUGUGAAUGGAAAUAAGGCUGGUGAGAAUUUUGUAGAGCGUAAACAGAUCCAGGAAUCGGUUACCAAACCUGAACACGUAAGAAGGGAUUCUGUUUCUCCUGUGUCGUCGGGAUCUAGCACUUCAUCCGUGAAAGAGGCUACAGCAUCAUCACCUCAGAGGGUACCAUCAAGAGAUGCUAAACCCUCAUCGACACCAUCCGGUGCCCAUAGUGCUCUAUCCUUUGAGCCUGUCACUCAGUUGCCUUCGACUCAUUCGACUCCUGCGCCUGAGGCAAUCAGCACGUCGAAUGUCGAGCAGCCUACCUCGACACCACAGCCUCCUCCUUUAUCUAUGGCACCUCCAAUGCCUGUUAAUGCACCAAGUGUCCCUCGACCUUCUUCAACUCCACAACAAGUACCACCUGUUCCUAAGGAGUCUGUGUCUCCGACACCUCCUUUGCCUUCUGGUACGUCAAAUACUUCCCAGCCUUCCACGGCGCCGCAGCAGCUUUCUUUUGUACCUCCAGCACCUCCAGCACCUCCAACACCUUCAACACCUCCAGUAACCAAUCCUACUUCAGCACCUCCCCCUGUACCUGCUGUUCCUGCCCCGUCUUUACCACCACAAGAUCAGAAGCAAGUGAAUACUUCUGCUAUGGAGUCUGCCUUUCAACCACAAGUAAAACAACCUGAUGCAAGCUCUCAAGCUCCUUCUUCUAAAGCUGCUCCAGCAAUUCCUGCAGUUCCUCCUCCUUCAGCUCCCCCUGCGCCUCCCGCCUCGUCUGGUUUUAAUCCUUUUUCGAAGUUUCCGCCUGCUCCACCUGCCCCGAAAAUGAGCGGUAAUGAUUCGGAUAACUGGAGCCAACAUGAAGAUGAAGAGGAUAGUGAAGACGAUGCGCAAUCGAGCAAGGAUGCGGCAGCUUUAGCUGCAAAAUUAUUUGGCGGCAUGGCGCCCGUUCGACCACUUUCUACCUCUCCUGUAAAGCCGAGAUCUACAAGUACAACACCCUCGUUGGCACCUCCAGCGCCUCCUUCAGCACCUCCUGCUGCACCACCGGCACCUCCAGCGCCUCCAGCACCUCCUUCAGCACCUCCUUCAGCACCUCCUGCUGCACCACCGGCUCCCCCUACUUCAGUACCAGCACCCAUCGCAACUGUUCCAGGCGAUAGAGGUCCUUUGCUGAAUCAAAUUCAAGCAGGUACUAGGUUGCGGAAAUCGGUAACUAAUGACAAAAGUAGGCCCCUUGGCGGGCGUGUGAUAGACGGAUCCAGCAAUGGAGAUAAAUCGGCUUGGUACGGCAAUUUGUCUUAA